AUGGAAAUUUUUAUCAAAAAAAGUAUUUCGCUACUUCGACCAUCUCCCAGAAAAACUUUUGUUAUACAUAGAAGACCAUUGAUGGCACAUAACAUUAAUCAUAUUCUCAGCAAAAAGGUUUUGGAUCGUUAUUUAAGACUUCCUUUGCCAUGUAAUAAAAUAAUAGCAACAUACAUUUGGAUAGACGGUUCCGGCAUUAAUAUGAGGUGCAAGGAUCGCGUCCUGGAUUGCGUUCCAUACAGCCCAGAUGCUGCACCAUGUUGGUUUUUCGACGGCUGUUUCACGGGUCAAGCCUCGAAGGAUAGCACUGAUGCGAUGCUGCGGCCCGCCGCCGUAUACAGGGAUCCGUUCCGAGCUGACCCACAUGUUCUGAUUUUAUGUGAUGUGUUCCUAGGGGAUGGAAAAAAGCCAGCUGCAACAAAUCACAGAGUUUUCUGUAAUGAAUUAUGUGAAAUACAUAGAGACGAGGAACCGUGGUUUGGUAUGGAGCAAGAGUGCACCAUGUUGGAUGUAGAUGGAUGGGGCUUGGGUUGGCCUAAGGGAGGUGGUUUUCCUGCAAAGAAAUAUCAGUAUUCAUAUUGUGGUGUAGGAGCAAAAUACAUAGCAGGAAGGGAUGUGAUGGAAUCCCACGCGAAAGCGUGUCUUUUUGCUGGUGUUGAUUUUAUGGGUAGUAAUGCGGAAGUGAUGAACGCUUGUUGGGAGUGGCAGAUUGGCACUACGUUCGGUAUAAAGGCUGCUGAUGAUUUGUGGAUGUCUCGAUUUAUAAUGAAUCGUGUUGCUGAGGAUUACGGUGUUGAUAUUACUUAUCAUCCUAAACCAUUUGGUCAUUUACAUCCUGGGGUCGGCAUGCACCACAACUUUAGCACGAAGAGAAUGCGAGCAGACGGCGGGUAUGCCUUUAUUGAAGAGUGCAUAAAAAAAUUAGAAAAAAACCAUAAGAAGCACAUGAAAGUGUACGGAAAUGAUGAAUCGACUAACAGAAUGCGAUUAAUGGGAAAAUUUGAUACCUCAGCAUUUGAUAAAUUUUCAUGGGGCAUCGCUAAUCGAAACGCUUCCAUCCGUCUUCAAAGAGGUAUAAAAAAGAAAGGCAAAGGAUUUAUGGAGGACAGGCGACCAGGUGGUGACUCUGACCCUUACCUUGUGUGUGGACUAUUGUUGGAAACAUGUCUAGGGAGGACUAGCGGUGCUUGUGGAAAAAAGGAAAGUAAAAAAAAGUGUUGAAGACUAAUUUGUGAUGAUCUUGUGAAAAAUUAUGAUUUUUUUGAUCCUGUCUAUUUCUAGUAAAAGUAUUUGGUAUAUUUA